CUGUGUUAGAGGCGGCUCUGUCCUGACGGCUUCUGCCCUGCCGUGUAGUACUGUGAUUGGCUGCGUUUUACAGCUGAGAAACGGAGGAGGCAAAGCAUAAAUAACGCACCAACUCAACGCGGCUAUAAAGUGGCUGAGCUAGGAUUUGAACCCUGGACAGGCAGCUUCCAGGCUCUGCUUCCUUGCCUUUCAGGGCAGAGCUAAUUAAAGCUUCUGAGGGUGGCGUGUAUGUGCUACUUAACAGGAAGAAUGUUUUAAAUAUAGUGUGUUUUCCUCAGUAAUUAAAAAAACUUCAGGCUCUGGUAAUAUUUAAAGGGCAUCAUCCGUUAUGAUUGUCACAUUUUGCUGAUGGCUUGGAAAAGAAAACUUGCAGCAGCUGCAUGACUUUGGCUCUUAAGAUCCUCUUCCCACAAAGGCUCCGUGCCCUUGUCCGCAAAGAGCUGUGCCUGUUCCGAGACCAACGCCACUGGCCCCACAUCAGACAGUUCAGCUGCUGGUUGGAAGCAGGUCUUCAUGGGCGCCGCCUCCUCCAGGGAAGCAGGCCUGUUCUGUCCUUUGGAGGAGGUCCUCUGAGACCGCGUGCCACCUGCCUGGUUUUCCUGUCUGGGUCGCAUGUGGGACUGUGCAGUGGCCCCCGGGAGAUGGCUGAGCAACGGUUCUGCGUGGACUACGCCAAGCGUGGCACAGCUGGCUGCAAAAAAUGCAAGGAAAAGAUCGUGAAGGGCGUUUGCCGAAUUGGCAAAGUGGUCCCCAAUCCCUUCUCAGAAUCCGGAGGGGAGAUGAAAGAGUGGUAUCACAUUAAAUGCAUGUUUGAGAAGCUGGAGCGCGCCCGGGCCACGACCAAAAAAAUUGAGGACCUCACAGAGCUGGAAGGCUGGGAAGAGCUGGAAGACAAUGAGAAGGAGCAGAUAGCCCAGCACAUCGCAGAUCUGUCUUCCAAGGCAGCAGGCACACCAAAGAAGAAAGCUGUUGUCCAGGCUACGUUGACAUCCACUGGCCAGGUGUCAUCACCAGUGAAAGGCACCUCUUUUGCUACCAACGCCAAUCCCCGGAAAUUUUCUGGCUUUUCAGCUAAACCCAACAGUUCUGGGCCUCAAAGCUCCUCCAGCCCUACCCUUAAGGCAAGUCUGUCCUCAAGCAAAUGUGACCCCAAGCACAAGGAUUGUCUGCUGAGGGAGUUUCGGAAGUUGUGUGCCACAGUCGCUGAAAACCCCAGCUACAAUACCAAGACCCAGAUCAUCCAGGACUUUCUGCGGAAAGGCUCUACAGGAGGUGGUUUCCAUGGUGACACGUACCUGACAGUGAAGCUCCUGCUGCCAGGUGUCAUUAAGAGUGUUUACAACUUAAACGAUAAGCAGAUUGUGAAGCUCUUCAGCCGUGUUUUUAACUGUAACCCGGAUGAUAUGGCACGGGACCUAGAGCAGGGUGACGUGUCAGAGACGAUCAGAGUCUUCUUUGAGCAGAGCAAGUCUUUCCCCCCAGCUUCCAAGAGCCUCCUUACCAUCCAGGAAGUGGAUGAAUUCCUCUUGCGACUCUCCAAGCUCACCAAAGAGGAUGAGCAGCAACAGGCCCUCCAGGACAUCGCCUCCAGGUGUACAGCCAAUGACCUGAAGUGCAUCAUCAGGUUGAUCAAACAUGACCUGAAAAUGAACGCAGGUGCCAAGCAUGUGUUAGAUGCUCUUGACCCCAAUGCCUACGAAGCCUUCAAAGCCUCACGCAACCUGCAGGACGUGGUGGAGCGGGUCCUGCACAACGAGCAGGAGGUGGGGAAGGAGCCAGGCCGCAAACGAGCUCUGAGCGUGCAGGCCUCGCUGAUGACGCCUGUGCAGCCCAUGCUGGCUGAGGCCUGCAAGUCCAUUGAGUACGCGAUGAAGAAAUGCCCCAAUGGCAUGUUCUCCGAGAUCAAGUAUGACGGCGAGCGGGUGCAGGUGCAUAAGAAUGGUGACCACUUCAGCUACUUCAGCCGCAGUCUGAAGCCCGUCCUGCCUCACAAGGUGGCCCACUUUAAGGACUACAUUCCAAAGGCCUUUCCUGGGGGCCACAGCAUGAUACUAGACUCGGAGGUGCUCUUGAUUGACAACAAUACAGGAAAACCACUGCCCUUUGGGACUCUGGGAGUGCACAAGAAAGCUGCUUUCCAAGAUGCCAAUGUCUGCCUGUUUGUGUUUGACUGUAUCUACUUCAAUGAUGUCAGUUUGAUGGAUCGACCUCUGUGUGAGCGUCGGAAUUUUCUUCAUGACAACAUGGUUGAAAUUCCCAACAGGAUCAUGUUCUCAGAAAUGAAGCAAGUCACAAAAGCUUCGGACCUGGCCGACAUGAUCAACCGAGUGAUCCGGGAGGGCUUGGAAGGGCUGGUGCUGAAGGAUGUGAAGGGUACAUACGAGCCUGGGAAGCGGCACUGGCUGAAAGUGAAGAAGGACUAUCUGAAUGAGGGUGCCAUGGCUGAUACGGCUGACCUCGUCGUCCUGGGGGCCUUCUAUGGGCAGGGGAGCAAAGGUGGCAUGAUGUCAAUCUUCCUCAUGGGCUGCUAUGAUCCUGGCAGCCAGAAGUGGUGCACAGUCACUAAGUGUGCAGGAGGCCAUGAUGAUGCGACUCUUGCUCGCCUGCAGAAAGAACUGGACAUGGUAAAGAUAAGCAAGGAUCCCAGCAAAAUACCAAGCUGGCUGAAGAUCAACAAGAUCUACUAUCCUGACUUCAUUGUCCCAGACCCAAAGAAAGCUGCGGUGUGGGAGAUCACAGGGGCUGAAUUCUCCAAGUCUGAAGCUCACACAGCUGACGGGAUCUCCAUCCGAUUCCCUCGCUGCACACGAAUCCGGGAUGAUAAGGACUGGAAAUCUGCCACGAACCUCCCCCAACUCAAGGAGCUGUAUCAGUUGUCCAAGGAGAAAGCUGACUUCACCGUGGUGGCUGGAGAUGAAGGGCAUUCCACUACAGGGGGCAGUAAUGGCGAGAAUGGUGACACCUCAGGGCCUGCUGUGUCCCGCAAACCCUCUACCAGUGCCAAGAAGACUGGAGGGAAGCAGAGUGAUGCCAACAGCAAAGGUGGUAACAUGACGGCCACAAAGCAUUCUCCUGUGAAAACAGCAGAGAAGCCAGCCAGGAAGUCUUCCCCAGUGAAAGUAGGACAGAAGCGGAAAGCUCCUGAGGAGACCCCAUGCCAAGCGAAGGUGCUGCUGCUGGACAUCUUCACUGGGGUGCGGCUCUACUUGCCCCCCUCCACGCCAGACUUCAGCCGUCUCAGACGCUACUUUGUGGCAUUCAACGGAGACUUGGUACAAGAAUUUGACAUGGCUUCAGCCACACACGUGUUGGACAGCAGGAACAAGAAUGCUGAGGCCCAGCUUGUCUCCCCAGAGUGGAUUUGGGCGUGUAUCCGGAAACGGAGACUGGUACCUCCCUGCUAGGGCUGUGCUCAGACACCAGGCAGGGAGACAGAGGAACAGAGAAGGGGAUAGGCUUUCUUCUGCAAGCAGUGUGUCUUCCAGAACCCACCAACAGGCUAUUCGUGGUCAUUUCUGAACCAAGAAUUAGCUGCUGUGGGUACCUCAGGCGCAGUCAGCUUCUCUGGCUGGCUUUAGUAGAUCUUUCAGAUCUGGGUGCUGGCUUUGUCAUCUUUUUGUUUUCUUUAAAAAGAUGCUUAGUUAUUUUUUAGAAAUAAAAUACUCUGCAUAA